UCUCAAUGUUACGCUGUUCAGGACUCAGGAUCCUGCCCUCUGAGGGUUUAGAGAAGUCAUUCUCACUGUCUCACCCUGGCUCUCUUCAUCCAGCGCAGUUCUUUACUUUCUCAGGAAACAAACGGGAUGAAAGUCCAGAGCUGGGACUUCCUCCUUGGUGUGUUUGACAAGGACUGACGUACUCUAGGCCCUUUGAAUCCCGGAAGUCCAGUACACACCCAACCUUGAUUACAGUGUCUAGAAUGCUGGAGCGUAGGUGAAAGGACAAAAGCCAGACACAUUUCGACAUGAGGGAUCCACUGACAGAUUGUCCGUAUAAUAAAGUAUACAAGAACCUAAAGGAGUUUUCUCAAAAUGGAGAGAAUUUCUGCAAACAGGUCACAUCUGUUCUUCAGCAAAGGGCAAACCUGGAAAUUAGCUAUGCCAAAGGACUUCAGAAACUGGCAAGCAAGCUGAGCAAAGCAUUACAGAACACGAGAAAAAGCUGUAUCAGCAGUGCCUGGGCCUGGGCCUCAGAGGGAAUGAAAUCCACAGCGGACCUGCAUCAAAAACUUGGCAAAGCAAUUGAAUUGGAAGCAAUAAAACCGACUUAUCAAGUCCUAAACGUACAAGAGAAGAAGAGAAAAUCACUUGACAAUGAAGUUGAAAAGACAGCAAAUCUUGUCAUUAGCAACUGGAAUCAGCAAAUUAAGGCCAAGAAGAAAUUAAUGGUUAGUACCAAGAAACAUGAAGCACUUUUCCAGCUUGUAGAAAGCUCCAAGCAAUCUACGACUGAGAAGGAGAGGCGGAAGCUCCUCAAUAAACUGACAAAAUCAACUGAGAAGUUGGAAAAGGAAGAUGAAAAUUACUACCAAAAAAACAUGGUGGGUUAUUCUACCAGACUGAAAUGGGAAAACACACUAGAGAACUGCUACCAGAGCAUUCUGGAGCUGGAGAAGGAAAGAAUUCAACUUUUAUGCAAUAACUUAAACCAGUACAGCCAACAUAUUUCUCUUUUUGGCCAAACCCUGACCACAGUGAGUAUAGACGAUCUCUCCAUUUCUGGUAUGCCUGGUAAGAAGGGGCAGAAACCUUUCUUCGACAACCUUAUUCUGCUCCCCUUGGCAUUGCAGUGCCACACGCAGAUUCACUGUGCCAUCAGCAAGAUUGACAUUGAAAAAGAUAUCCAGGCUGUAAUGGAAGAAACUGCAAUUUUAUCUACAGAAAACAAAUCUGAGUUCCUGUUAACAGAUUACUUUGAAGAAGAUCCUAACAGUGCAAUGGAUAAAGAGAGACGAAAGUCUUUAAUAAAACCAAAAUUAUUGAGACUGCAGAGAGACAUUGAAAAAGCCUCAAAAGACAAGGAAGGCCUGGAACGAAUGCUUAAAACAUACUCCAGCAACUCCUCCUUCUCUGAUGCAAAGAGCCAGAAAGACACAGCAGCGUUAAUGGAUGAGAACAAUUUGAAACUAGACCUUUUGGAAGCAAACUCCUACAAACUGUCAUCAGUGUUAGCAGAACUUGAGCAAAGACCUCAACCCAGCCAUCCUUGCAGUAACUCCAUCUUCAGGUGGAGGGAAAAGGAGCAUACUCAUAGCUAUGUGAAAAUAUCUCGGCCUUUUUUAAUGAAGAGAUUAGAGAGUAUUGUGAGCAAAGCAUCUUCUGGUGGGCAGAGCAAUCCAAGUUCUUCAACUCCAGUCCCUGGUGCAGCCCAGCUCAGCAGCAGACUUUGCAAGGCCUUAUAUUCUUUUCAAGCCAGGCAAGAUGAUGAGUUGAAUUUGGAAAAGGGUGACAUUGUGAUUAUACACGAGAAAAAAGAAGAAGGAUGGUGGUUUGGAUCUUUGAAUGGGAAAAAAGGCCAUUUUCCUGCCGCUUAUGUGGAGGAGUUACCUUCAAAUGCUGGCAACACAGCUACAAAGACAUAAAACAAGACUCUGAACAUACUACCUUCACACUCUGUAACCAACAAUACAAUGUGGUUCAAAUAAGAAUAAAGUGCUAUUAUCUUUACA